ACGAGCCUUCGCUUUCACUGCGCUUCACCGUGCUUACUAGCGAAUUAGCCUUGCUAACCAUGCUAUCUACGCUUGAAAACAAUGAUAAAAUAUUUCGAUGAUGGAAAGGCUGAGCAUUGCAGAGAGUGAAUUUGGAGAGCCCUCUCUCCCUGUCUCCUCCCUGCACCUGCUGGUUCCUCCACUACAUCUCCUCUCUGCAGCUAUGUGGCAAAUUCUACAGCAGCAAGACAUGUUGCAUUAUGGGAAACUGGAGGAGUUUGUGUCUCUGGUGAUGGAGACAUUCCCAGAGCUGCUGAGUGAGAGCCAGAGGACCGAGCUCACUCUGGGGCUGCAGACAGUGUGCUGGCUCAGUGCUGCCCCCUCUGUCCUGGAGGUCUGUGUGCAGACUGUUUUGUACACAGACCAGCUGAAGACCCUUCUCAGGCACCACAGAAGUAUUGGUCAGUUGGACAUGAAUGUUGCAGCAACACUUCCAUCCAUAGAGGAGUGCAAGUUGUCCUCUAUAUCUCACCCUCCCUCACAAAGAAUGGUGGAUUUUACCAAGCUGACAAACACCAACAGUCAAUCAAAAUUUGCAACAGACUGCAUGACAUGUUCAAGCCCCAACUCUCCUGGUGAAGACAAAAAGGCUGAAUCUAUGUUGGACAGCUCGGAUUUCACAGAGGUAGAGCCAAGAUCAAGUUUGAACAGAUGUGAUUAUAUAGAAGAGAGGACAAAUGGAUAUUUAAUGAGCAGAGGGCAAAAAGACAUACUAACCAACAUGAAGGAGGAGGUGGAAGAUGGGGAGAGGCAGAGUGUGAAAAUGGAGACAGUGAAUGAUGUGAAAGGUGAAGAGGAACUCUCUAAGGAGGAAGACAAAAAGCAGGAUGAGCAGAGGGAUGGACAUAUAACUUACCAAGUUGGCCAAACUGACAAAUUGCAGAUGAACGGAUUAAAAUCAGAACACGGACAUCAGGACGGGGAGGAGCUGUCUACUCUGGUCACUUCCUGUCUACUAAAACAACCUCGAGUGCUGAUUCACCGGGUAGAAAUUGCCAAUUGUUCAGUUUCUGUGUCAUCACUUCUUCCUCCCGUGGCCUCUAAAAGAGGUCAAGGUGUGAUGUGUCCAUGGAGAUGCCAUGAGAUCUUGUCACGGAGAGGAAAUGGAUCACUGACACAGGACGGUCAGGUUGUGACCUGGAAGAGAAAGACCCAGUUGAAGAAACCAGUUGCAUCAGAGAAUGGGAUCUGUGCUGAAGCCUCCCUUAUUUCUCCUGCCAUCUCCCCUAGGAACAAAAACACAGAGCCCUCUCUCCCUGUCUCCUCCCUGCACCUGCUGGUUCCUCCACUUCAACUCCUCUCUGCAGCCAUGUGGCAAAUUCUACAGCAGCAAGACAUGUUGCAUUAUGGGAAACUGGAGGAGUUUGUGUCUCUGGUGAUGGAGACAUUCCCAGAGCUGCUGAGUGACAGUCAGAGGACCGAGCUCACUCUGGGGCUGCAGGAUUCUGGCUCAAAAACUGACCCAGCUCUAGAGGAUCUGUUGUGGGAUCUCCUUUACAGACUGCAUCAGUUGCUGCCGGUACCAGACCUCAAACAGACUGUGUCAUGGCUCAGUGAUGCCCCCUCUGUCCUGGAGAUCUGUGUGCAGUCUAUUUCAUACACAAACCAGCUAAAGACCCUACUCAGGCACCACAGAAGUCUUGGACAGUUGGAAAUGAAUAAGGAGUGCAAACUAUCCUCCAUGUCUUGCCCUCCAUCUCAAAGAGUGGUGGAUACUACCAAGCGGACAAUCACCUACAGCCAAUCAGUAUCCAUACUCAAUCAGUGCGUGAACUUUUCAGGUGACACCAUAAAGUCUGAAUAUGUGACAGACAGUUCAGAUUACGCAGAGACAAGCAACAUACAAACUGACAAGAAGGAGGAGGAAGAUACGGAGAGGCGGAGUGUUAAAAUUGAGGGAGACGAUGGUGUGAGAGAUGAAGAGGGACUCUGGAAGAACGAAGAAAAAGAGAGGGAUGAACAGAGGGAUGGACAUAUAACUUACCAAGUUGGCCAAACUGACAAAUUGCAGAUGAAUGGAGUAAAAUCAGAACACGGACAUCAGGAAGUGGAGGACCUGUCUACUCUUGUCACUUCCUGUCUACUAAAACAACCUCGAGUGCUGAUUCACCCGGUAGAAAUUGCCAAUUGUUCAGUUUCUGUGUCAUCACUCCUUCCUCCCGUGGCCUCUAAAAGAGGUCAAGAUGUGAUGUGUCCAGGGAGAUGCCACGAGAUCUCGUCAGAGAGAGGAAGUGGAUCACUGAAACAGAAGGGUCAGGUUGUGACCCGGAAGAGAAAGACCCAGUUGAAGAAACCAGUUGCAUCAGAGAAUGGGAUCUGUGCUGAAGCCUCCCUUAUUUCUCCUGCCAUCUCCCCCAGGAACAAAAACACAGGACAAACUGUUGAGAUGUCGUCUCAGGACUUUGCCUGCUCCCAGUGCCCAUUCAUUCACACAGAGGAAGUGAAUCUUCACCAGCACAUUGAGAAGGUUCACCCAGAGGAGCCCAGCAGGACUGUGGGGUCCCAGCAACCUCCCAGCAGCACACAUCAGCACCCCACCCCCCCUAAGACACUCCCCACCUCAACACAGUCCCACAGAGGCACUCCAGGGGCCCACACUGGGAAGGGCUUCAGUUCUUUGAAGAAACAUCAGCAACCUCAUCCAGGGAAACACCGAUACCAAUGUUCCCAGUGUGGGAAGGGUUUCUCUCGGCCAAGUGUUAUGAAGCAACACCAGAGAACUCAUACAGGGGAACGCCCAUACCAGUGUUCUCAGUGUGGGAAGAGUUUUACUCGGUUAAGUCAUUUGAAGCAACACCAGAUAACUCAUACAGGGGAACGCCCAUACCAGUGCUCCCAGUGUGGGAAGAGCUUCUCUCGGUUAGAUCAUUUGAAGCAACACCAGAUAACUCAUACAAGGGUACACACAUACCUGUGCGCCCACUGUGGGAAGCGUUUCUUUCAGUCAAGUGAUUUGAAACAACACCAGAUAACUCAUGCAGGGGAACGCCGAUACAAGUGUUCCCAGUGUGGCAAGGGUUUCUUUCAGUCAAGUACUUUGAACCGACACCAGAGAACUCAUUCAGGGGAACGCCGAUACCAGUGUUCCCAGUGUGGGAAGGGUUUCUUUCAGUCAAGUACUUUGAAGGGACACCAGAGAACUCAUACAGGGGAACACACGUACCACUGCUCCCAGUGUGGGAAGAGCUUUAGUCAGGUAGGUCAGUUGAGGCAACACUACAGAACUCAUACAGGGGAACGCCCUUACGAGUGCUCCCAGUGUGGGAAGAGCUUUAGUCAGGUAGGUCAGUUGAAGCAACACCAACAAGUUCGUACAGGGGAAUUCCUAUUCCACUGCUCCCAAUGUGGGAAACGUUUCUCUCAGUCAUGUCUUCUGAAGAUACACCAGCAAACUCAUACAGAGGAACACCUAUACCAAUGUUCCCAGUGUGGGAAGGAUUUCUCUCAGUCAAACGAUUUGAAGCGACACUGGAGAACUCAUACAGGGGAACGCCCGUACCACUGCUCCCAGUGCGGGAAGAGCUUUACUCAGUUAAGUUAUUGGAAGCAACACCAGAUAACUCAUACAGGGGAACGCCCGUACCACUGCUCCCAGUGUGGGAUGAGUUUCAACAGAUUAUAUCAUCUGAACCUACACCUGGUUACUCAUACAGGGGAACACCCAUACCAACUCAUGCAGGCGAAUGCUCCCAAAUGCCUUUACCACUGCUCGCAGUGUAGGAAGAGUUUCACACAGUCCGGUACUUUGAUGAAGCACCAGAGAAUUCAUACAAGGGAAAGUCAGUCAUGCUCCUAGUAUGGCAAGAGUUUCAGUUGUUCAGAUUCUUUGAAUGCCCACCUGAACAAUCAUGCAUAAUUGAAACUGGAAAAUGAUAAAUUAUGCACAGAUAUUGGGAAGUAUCUUUCCACACAGAGAGUGGUCACUAUGUGGAAUAGCUUGCCAGGACAUAGUGGAGACAGAAACACUGGGGGUUCUCAAGACCAGGCUUGACACGGUGCUUGAUACUAUUUAGCUUUUUGGCAAACUAAGCAGUACGUAUACUUUAGUGGUCGGAAAAGGUGAGCAUUGCUAGGCUGAAUGGCCUGUUUGCAGACAAUUUGUCUGCUCAGAAUGUAGGAAGAGCUCCAGUCAUUGAAUCCUUACAUUUCAGAGAGAAAUGGUAGAUUGUUGCAAUAUACAAUAUGUGUUGAGGUUAAAGUACCUUACAUGAACUUUGAAGUCCAAGUGAUCUGAAGGGUAUUUCUGCCAAGUGAAUAGCAAGAGGCUUAGAGCAACCUGAAAAUGUCUAAAACUGGAGAAAUAUCAGGUAUCUGGGGAAAAAGUUGUGGUGGUUGGGCAAUCCGAGGACCACGCUUACUGCUUAACUAGGCGCACACACACCUGGACGGCUGUACUAAUCAGUCCAAGAGUGCUCCUUUGCACAGUGUGUGGCUGAGACCAGGAACAUGCAGGAGAGGAGAGAGAGACCAGACACAAGAGGGCUGAAAAAGCUAUGCGAGUCGCAAGCCCUGUUUCUUUUCUUCUUUUUUUUAGUUUAUUAUUUUUAGCCUGGUACCCGUAAGGGUGCAGGGUGAGGACUUAAAAGACUUUUGUUUAUUUUUUGUUUGGAUGUACACUCUGCCUCUCUCCAGCUUUGACUGUGGUCAGAGAAAUGCAGGUGCAUUCCGGAGUUUCCGUAUCCUCCUGUGUCCUGCUCUUCUGUUCUCCCAGGGGUGUGUCACGGCGUGUGACAAAAGUAUUAUGACACUGAAAUGUUUCUUUCCAUGUUGUAAGUUAAAGAACAGGUGAUACAGCAUUAUUUUAUCUGUCCCUAUUCAACAUAGCUUGUUAUCUUUCCGAUAAGGACUGGCUGAGUAACUGUGAGAGGCGGACACUAAUAUCUUCAGCUCCUCCAGGCUUUGUAUGAGGCCUGAUGGUGGGAAACGAAGUUUUACUUUUCUACCUAAUGAGGUGGUUAUCCUUUGUGCGGACACAUAUUGCACACUGUUGCACAGCCUCUCUUAUAAUUGCGAAAAGGGAUCACUGUAAAUAAUGCUUGUUUUGUAAGGUGCUGACUCUGU